CUCGAGCUUCAAUGUUGAAUUAAACAAACUAGCUACGUUUUCCCACCUAGGAAGAGGAUAACAAAGAAUCUACUCCAAAGAAUAGAUUAGACCGAGGCACAUAUUCACCAUGGAUAUCCGACGCUUAGAACCGUCAGAUAUCCCGCUAAUCCAACAUGCCAACCUCGAGAACUUACCGGAGAACUACUUUAUGAAAUAUUACUUAUACCAUGCUUUAUCAUGGCCUCAACUAAGCUACGUUGCCGUUGACGUAUCUCGACCUAAGAAGACACCUUAUGACUACCCCAAGAUCGUCGGCUAUGUCUUGGCAAAGAUGGAAGAGGAACCCUCCGACGGUGUUCAGCACGGCCACAUCACCUCUCUCUCAGUCAUGCGCACUCACCGUCGCCUGGGUAUUGCCGAGAAGCUGAUGCGACAAAGUCAACUCGCCAUGGUCGAAACGUUCGGUGCCCAAUACGUCAGCCUCCACGUCCGCGUUUCCAACAAAGCCGCUAUCCACCUCUACACCAAAACUCUCGGAUUCGACCAGGAGAAGACCGAGUCCAAGUACUAUGCCGACGGUGAGGAUGCCCAUUGCAUGCGACUAGACCUUUCUAGCAUCCGCGAGCAAAUCCGCGAGUCCCAGCUCGACGACGAAGGAGAAGCCCAGGAUGAGGGCGAGCCCGUCGGAGACGCAGGAAAGGCCGACGACAAGAAACCGAAGGAGACUAAACGCAAAGUCAAGGUCGGCCGUGCGUUAGGCGUCCAAGCCCUAGUCGAGAAGGACGAGAGUAAGCAUUCUUAGGGAGUUUGCGAGAGGGA